AUGGUGACCGAAAAGUACGCGGCACCAUUGUCUCCGCCGAAUUCUCCGCGUAUGUCGGACGCAACGGCGAGGGCACACGACUAUUACAGCCAGCAUGGACCGACAGCAUCACAUUACACGACAAGUACCAGCUCUGAACAUGGCCAGACAUCGUAUGAGAGUACCCAUCAUUACUCUUACUACGAGCCGCGACCGGCGCUCCGCUCAUACAAGAGCUUCUCUCAGCCGACUGGUCGGUGGGCUUAUGAUCAUCCAAACCAGAGCACGGUGACUGACCUUACCGACCAACGUACGUCGCAAAGUGUCCAUCGCCAAGCCGAGCAGCAAGUGCAUCCCGGGGACUCAGGUCCAGAGAGCCCAGUGGAUCGAUUGACUCCACGGUCUCCAACAAACUCCAAAGAGCAGCACGACGACGACGAACUGAUCGAUUUCGGUGGUGACGAUCAAGAUGAAGACGCGGACAAGCCGCCCAUGACCGCAGAGGAGAUUAGAAGACAGAAGCGAAAGAUGAAGAGAUUCAGGUUCGUCACGUCGUAAAACGGUACGAAUGGGGCGGCAGCGCUAACGUGUCCUAGGCUCACGCACAACCAGACGCGGUUCCUGAUGAGCGAGUUUGCACGGCAAGCACAUCCAGAUGCUGCUCACCGGGAGCGCCUGGCGCGAGAAAUUCCGGGUCUCAGUGCCAGGCAAGUCCAGGUCUGGUUCCAGAACCGGUUGGUUGCGCCUCUCAUCUUGCUACGCUACAACUAUACUAACCAUACACUCAAAGACGAGCAAAACUGAAACGAUUAACGACUGACGACCGGGAACGAGUGAUGAGAUCGAGAGCUCUGCCCCCGGACUUUGACACGACGCAGGCCCUACACUCGCCCUUUGGCGCCCAACACUCCGCCAUGGGCGCUCCGGUCUCAGCUUUGGGAUCGUAUUCCGCGUACGGAGAGAAUGUGAUUCGGCCCUUGACACUCGACACCUUGCGACGAGUCCCCGAUUACGAGCACUACGGUCAUCAACAAUACGCUGCCCCUUCAGGAGUGAGUCCAGCACUGGGCGCAUUCGCUUUCACCCCUCCACAGUCGGCAACAGACCACUUGUCGCCGGGGUCAACCGCCAGUGGAAUGUCCCCGUUCGUUCUACAGCACCAGGGCUCCUUUGAUCCUUCGAGAAGGCCCCCGGCUGGAUUGGCUGGGUCUGGUCCAACUUCGUAUGCUCCACAAUCGUCUAUGCCACGAUUGCCUCUGCAUGAUCGAUUUGUGCGAACAACGGGCGAGCCAACCGGCUCACCGCUUCGAACGAGUGUUUCUUACUCAGCGUUAAGUUCAGGCGGCACGCAGCAGCCACACCAUCUUGAACGCGCAGCCUCCUUCUCCGAGCAUUCGCAAUAUUCCCAACAGCGGCCGCAGCUCCAUCGGAACGUGAGCAAUUCGAGUUUGAGUGAGCAGACUCCCUACGGCCUUGGGUUCUCCUGUCAGUCCACGCAAAGCAGCUCAUUCGAGGAUGUUGACACUGACCUUGUCGUAGACACCUCCUCCACCGGCUAUCCUCCAAGUGAGCAACAGCAGCAAACUUCAGUUGCGAGCGGUGCGCAGCAAGCGACCGAAGACAAGCAAUACAGGAGGUCGGGACUUCCGUCGGCCACGUACGACCAGUACGCGCCAUCAACAUUCAACACGACACAGUCAUCGCAUUAUCCCGCUUAUGCGGCACACUAUCCUUCGCAAAAUUUCCCGGGUGCGUACCGAACGUCCACCGAUCCCCAAGCACAACAGCAAGCCGAAUCUUCGACGAGCUAUCAGCCACUGCCGGCAGGACACCAGCCCUAUAUGCAUUAUGGAGGCUCGAAUGGAAACCAGGUAACCGACAGCCAUGCAAACGAGCCAGCCGUUUCGAUUCCACCAUCGUACUGA